AUGGGGGAGGCAAAGGAAAUGGAAACACCAAUGGAGAUGAACCUUAAGAUGAAGAAAGAUGAAGGUAAAUUGCUGAAGGAUGCGAGAUCAUUUCGACAGGUUGUUGGUAGUUUAAUUCACUUAACUAUCACAAGGCCGGAGAUUGCAUACUCUGUUGGUGUUAUUUCUCAAUUUAUGCAAGAUCCAAGAACUCCUCAUUUAGAGGCAGCAAAAAGGAUUCUAUGUUACAUAAAAGGAUCAGUUGAUUAUGGAAAAACCGUUUUCUCUAAAACCAACUCCCUAGCGGGGUCGGACGCGGUGAAAAAGGGGGGUGUGACAGUGUUGCAAGGAUUUACAGAUGUAGAUUGGGCAGGUGAUACGGCUGGUCGUCGUUCAACUUCAAGGUACUGUUUCAACCUUGGAUCUGUGGCUGUUUCUUGGUGUAGCAAGAAGCAGUCCACUGUUGCUUUUUCCAGUACAGAAGCAGAAUAUAUAGCAGCGACAAUGGCAGCCCAAGAAUACAUUUGA